UACAUUUCCCAGAAUGCCGAUGGGCGGCGGGGGCGGCCCGUCCUCAUGGCCGCUGGCCUGUAGGCCCUGCAGCAGUUUAGCGAGGAGCUUUCCAGGAUUUAGCAUGCAACUCCAGCUAAGCCAUCAUGAAGUGGCUUUAUUCGACCAUGACUCCAAAAUUCAGAUGCUCUUUUACGGUCUCGGCAGCAAUGAUCCCGAACCAAAUGAAGCUGCUUCCCUACCCCGGUGUCGUCUGGAAUCGAACGCUGGCAAGCCAUAAGCCUCAAAAGACGAUCAAAGAAUGUUACAGCGUGCUCAACCUCGACGAAAGCUGUUCGGCCGACGAGGUAAGAGAAUCGUUUCGAAAACUGGCUAAGCAGUUCCACCCCGACAGCGGCUCCAGUACCGCGGACUCCGCCAAAUUCAUACAGAUCGACGAAGCCUACCGAACGGUGCUUUCCCACGUGAUGGAGAAAUCCAGACGGGGAUCACAUAAGGUCGAGGACGAGGAGGACGAAGAUAAAUCCAAAUACAAAACUCCCCAGCACCGACAUUAUUUAAGUUACGAAGGUUUGGGGUUCGGGACCCCCAGUCAAAGGGAGAAACAGUACAGGCAGUUGAGAGCAGACCGGGCCACUGAGCAAGUGAUGGAGUACCAGAAGCAGAAACUGGAGCGGCAAUAUUUUGCCCACAGCUUGACGGCUAAGGACGUAAGACAGAGUAGAAGCCAGAAGAUGACCCAGGCAAUCGAGCGUUUGGUCGAGGAUCUCAUCCAGGAAUCGAUGGCCAAAGGCGACUUCGACAACCUCAGCGGAAAGGGGAAGCCUCUGAAGAAGUUUUCAGGCUGUUCGUACAUCGACCCUAUGACCCAUAACCUGAACAGGAUCCUGAUUGAUAACGGUUACCAGCCGGAGUGGAUCCUAAUGCAGAAGGAAAUCAAAGACACCAUCGAGCAGCUCCGAGAAGAAAUCCUGAUGUCGAGGAACAAACUUGGAAAUCCAAUGACUCCGCGGGAACAGACACAGUGGGGCCUGGCGUGUGAGCAGUUUCAAGAAAAUAUCGGAAAGCUGAACAAACGAAUAAAUGACUUUAAUUUGAUCGUGCCCCUUCUGACCCGCCAAAAAGUGCAUUUUGAUGCAAAGAAGGAAAUAUCACGAGCCCUGAAGACUUACGAGACCCUCAUGGAAACGAGGAAGACGGCGGAGAACUGCCCCAAAACAAAUGAGAAGGGAAAUGUUAAGGCGGUCGGAUUCAGGGCUGCUUUUUUUGAAUGGAUAAAUUUGUGGAAAUAAGCUAAAACGUAGGUACCAAAAAAUUUGGUUUGCGAAUUUUUCCUGCAUGGUGUUAUUCAAUCUGAGGCCUAGAAGCCAUUUCUUCUUUAAACAUUUGUCAAGAUGGGCGCUUUCUGGCCUCCUUUCUGUGCAGUGGCUUGUUGUUCUUUUGAACCCUUUUUCUCAGUCAAGAUUUCUUAGAUUCAUAAGGACAAUCCCAUGACUUAAACAGAAGACUUUUUUGUUGUUGUUAAAAGAAAAAAUUUUUUUUUAAGUGUGUUGUUCAUCUCACCAAAGGGACCAGGAACGCUAUGACAUUGGCCCGCCUUUCAGAGUUUGCUGGCUUGAAGUUCAGAUCUGGGCCAACGGGAUUUGCUUUGUUUCUCUAUUUUAAAACAACUUCAUCGAGCCCAAUAACGGAAUCCAACUAUCAAAGUUUCUUGAACAUUUGCCAGCUCGAGCUAACAAAACUCUCUCCUGAAUUCUCAUCCUUGAUAGAGCUGGAAUAUAAACACGAGCUUCCCCUCUGGAUCAAUUAAAGGGAGUUGAUCAGAUAUGGCAAGAUUAAAAUGCAACUCUCCCACCCCUCCCCCCCGCAUCCUUCUAGUAUCAGAUCCUCUGAAGUAAAAGGUGGAAGUAGUCUUCCUCCCUUGACUUAUCUAAUGAGUUAGAUUUUGGCCUCUCUUAGGGCUUGCUUAUGAAAGCAAUCUCACACGCAGCCUUAUCCGGCAGCAGUGGAAGGGAGUUUGGCAAUAAGAAAUGCUACGUGGUAUUGUUUUCAGAACACUAAAAUUGGGAUUGAGAUAGUAAACCAAUCCCUGAAAGGCAGCGGUUAGGAAAUAAUCCGAGACCUUGCUUUUCAAAUGUUGAAAAUAGGGCUUGAUGUUUACUGAGAAAAACAAAAGAGCCAGUAAAAUCCUUGAUUUCAACCUAUGUGAUAAUGCACUUUAUGUAAUUGUCCCAGUUACAAAUAAAGUUAUUGCAAUGAUUAAUCUAUAA